AUGUUCAAGAGAAACCUUGAUGGACAAAAUGCAGAGGAAAUUGAAUCUUGUGAAGAAAGAGAUAGAGGUAAACGCGAAACUAAUGCAAAGGAAGAAAAUGUGAUUAAAAGAGACACUGAUAAAUCUAAAGGAGCAAGAACUACUGUAGCUUACGAAUAUGGUAACAGUAAUGUUGUCAUGAAAGGUCUGGAUGAAAUUGAAGAAAAUAAAGUAAUAAACAACUUUGACGAUAAUGCAAUAGACGGUAUUUUUAAAAGAAAAGCUAUGUUUAAAUUGGAUGACGAUACUACUGGUAUGUUCCAUAAAUAUGGUAAAGUAUUUCUUGGAUUCGAACACAUGUUUGGAUUAGAUUUGAAUCCUAAGGAUAUUGAAGAUUGUAUCCUUACGACUGAAAAUCUUUUGGAAGAAUACAAUAGUAAGAAAGAAGAUAAAUAA